AUGGUUGACAAGGAAAAUUGGUUGGCAAACAAGGCUUCCUAUAAAUGUCAUUCCAUACCUUUGAUCGCCACACUUUCGUUUAUCUAUCUAUCUAUCUAUCUAUCUAUCUAUCUAUCUAUUCCAGGCUUUUCAUAUCUAUGCAUCUAUAAAUAUAUUCAUAUAUAUCUGAGACUUUCAUGUCUAUUUCAUCCUUUCAUAUCUAUUUAUGUAUCUAUCUAUAAAUAUAUUCAUAUCUAUCUGAGCCUUUCAUAUCUAUCUCAGUCCUUUCAUAUCUAUCUAUGCAUCUUAGAUUUUUCAUAUCUAUUUAUCCACGAAGAACGUCACUCUAUUGUCCCUUUCUCUUUUCAUUCACGAGGACUUCCUGUCUAUCUAUCUAUCUAUCUAUCUAUCUAUCUAUCUAUCUAUCUAUCUAUAUAUAUAUAUAUAUAUAUAUAUAUAUCGUGCACAUCUUUCGCUUUUUCGCUAUCUUUAUCUCUCACUGUUUCUCUUUAUACCCGUUCUUGCUUUUUGUUCCUCUCUUUUACUCUCUUUUUUCACCUUCUUUCUUUCUUUCUUUCUUUCUUUCUACGUUCAUUAUUACUUCUCCCUCUUUCUCCUUUUUCUAACUGCCUCUUUCUCUCUUUUUUCUUCAUAUUUCUUUCUCUUUUUCUCUGUGUGUGUCCUUUUUUUUUCUUUCUUUGUAUGUCGUUCUUUUGUUCGUACUUCUUUACUUUUUCUCUCUUUUUCUCCCUCUCCCUCUAUUCUUUUCUCUUUCUUUUGCAUUUUUUAUUAGGUUUCUUGCACUCUCUCUUUUCCUCACUCUUUUCUCUCACUUUUGUACUCCUCCUGUCUCUGUUUUCUGUCUGUCUGUCACCCCCACUCUCUCUUUACCUCUCUCUCUCUUAUUUGGGAAUUUUUUAA